AUGGCUCCUCGUCCGUCCGUGAUCAUCGUCGGUGCAGGCGUCGGCGGUACCAGCUCGGCAGCAAGGCUCGCCCAGGCCGGGUUCGACGUCCAAGUCGUCGAGAAGAACGACUUUGCCGGCGGCCGAUGCUCCCUCUUCACCGAUCCCACCGGCGAGCACCGUUUCGACAUGGGCCCGUCGCUCUACCUCAUCCCGCGCCUGUUCGAGGAGACCUUCUCCGACCUCGGUACCAGCCUCGACGCUGAGGGCAUCAAGCUCGUCAAGUGCGAGCCCAACUACCGCAUCGUGUUCCCGGACAAGGAGGUCGUCGAGAUGAGCAGCGACCUCACCAAGAUGAAGAAGGAGGUCGAGAAGUGGGAAGGCGAGAAGGGCUUCGAGGGCUUCCUCGGCUUCCUCAAGGAGGGCCACGCUCACUACGAGCUGUCGAUGGUCCACGUCCUGCACCGCAACUUCACCUCGUACCUGUCGCUCCUCCGCCCGUCCUUGAUCGUCAACCUCAGCAAGCUUCAUCCCUUCGUGUCUGUCUACACGCGCGCGACCAAGUACUUCAAGACGGAGCGCAUGCGCCGCGCCUUUACCUUUGCCGCCAUGUACCUCGGCAUGUCGCCGUUCGACGCUCUCGGCGCCUACAACCUCCUGCAGUACACCGAGCACUGCGAGGGCAUCCUGUACCCGCUCGGCGGCUUCGGCACGGUCCCGAAGGCGCUGCAGCGCAUCGCCGAGCGCAACGGCGCCAAGUUCCGGUUCAACUCGACCGUCAAGCGCGUCGUCGUCCAGGACGGCAAGGCCAAGGGCGUCGAGCUGGAGGGCGGCGAGAUUCUGUCGGCCGACAUCGUCCUCGUAAACGCCGACCUCGUGUGGUCGAUGGCGCACCUGUACCAGGAGACGGCCUACUCGAAGCGCCUCGAGGAGAAGCCUGUCUCGUGCUCGUCCAUCUCGUUCUACUGGGCCAUGAAGCGGUCCGUCCCCGAGCUCGGCUCGCACACGAUCUUCCUCGCCGACGAGUACAAGGAGUCGUUCGACUCGAUUUUCCGCGACCACAAGAUCCCGCACGAGCCGUCCUUCUACGUCAACGUCCCGAGCCGUCACGACCCUUCUGCCGCUCCCGCCGACAAGGACACGGUCAUCGUCCUCGUCCCGGUCGGCCACAUCUCCAAGGCGCUCCCGACGUCGUCCGACUGGGACAAGGUCGUCGAGGAGACGCGCAACAAGGUCAUCCGCGAGGUCGAGGGCCGCCUCGGCAUGACCAACUUCCGCGACCUCAUCGCGCACGAGACGGUCAACACGCCCAUCACCUGGGGCGAGAAGUUCAACCUGCACCGCGGCAGCAUCCUCGGCCUGUCGCACGACUUCUUCAACGUCCUCAGCUUCCGCCCCAAGACGCGCCACCCGACCGUCAAGAACGCCUACUUUGUCGGCGCGUCGGCGCACCCGGGCACGGGCGUGCCCAUCGUCCUCGCCGGCGCCCGCAUGGCGACGACCCAGAUCAUCGACGACCUCGGCAAGCAGACGCCCAAGGAGUGGAACGUGUCGAGCAGCGAGCUCGCGACGCACCGCACGGGCCGCGACGCCAUGGGCGGCAUCGGCCUCUUGAUGGCGCUCGCCGCCCUCUUCCUCGCCAUCGCCGUCUACCUGAGGCAGUGA